UCUCUCUCUCUCUCUCUCUCUCUCAUAUCCAAACCCUAAAAAUAUAUGCAUAUCUCUCUACACACUUCACUUCAUCUCUGCCGUACUUCCCCCUCUCUCUCUCUCCCCAAACCCUUCCGUUUCGCUUCUCUUCUUGAUCUACUUAUCUCGUGUUGUCUCCAUCUUCCCUAGAAAAUUGCCUUCCUCAUUUUCCCGAGAAAACCCAUCCCUUCAUUUGUCGCAAUCUGUCGAAAAUCUCUUCAUCUAAUCUCAAUUUGUUCUUAGAUUGUGCUUUCGCUACUGCAAUCCGUGUUUCAUUUUUCAUUUUCCCGAGAAAAUCAUCCUCGUGUCUCAAUCUGAUCCCCCUAAUUAUCAUCGAAUCUUUGUUUCUCUUCAACCCAAGUCAACUUAUUCUCUCUUCGAUCUUUCCAAUCUCCUUCUAAUUCGCGAAAAUUGUUGUUUGCAGUUUUGUAUAUAUUGAUAGGCAUAUAUAUAUAUAUAUAACUGCUGUGCUUUCGUAACGAACUGGCUUUGAGAUCGAGUUGAGAAUGGUGGGAGGUGGAAAUAGAAAGGAUGAGUCGGUGGUUUUGAACAGUACCAACGUGUUUGCGGCUCUCGGAACCCUAAGGAAGAAGAAGAAGUCUGACAAAGAGCAAGGCUCGUCCAAGAGCAAAAGUUCUUCGAAGAAGAAGCAAGACAAGGAGUCUGAGACGCAGGUUUUUUGGGCUCCAACGCCGCUCACGGUGAAAUCGUGGGCGGAUGUUGACGAUGAGGAUGAUGACGAUUACUACGCCACCACCGCUCCGCCUCAAGCUGGUUGGGGUGGUGGUGCAGCGGAUCCCGAACCUACUGCCAAGGAGAGCACGACACCGGUAGAGGAAAGCGAAAGUGAAGAAGGCCUUGAUGAAGUUGAUGAUGAUAAUGAGGAAGAACAUGACCAUGAACCUGAAGUGCCAGUCGAAAAAGAACCAGUUGUUAAGAAGCUUGCUGAAGUUUCUUUGGCUCCUAAAGAUCCAGAAAGGCAGCUUUCAAAGAAGGAACUGAAGAAGAAGGAGCUUGCAGAACUUGAUGCCGUGCUUGCUGAGCUAGGAUAUCCCAAGUCUGAGGCCAGUGGCCAAGAUGAUUCCCGUGCACCUGCAGGUGAUGCACAAGAGAAGAAGCUAGAGAAUCUGAAUGGAGAAGCGGAGAAGAAAGAGAAUGCUCCUGGGGAGAGCAAAAGCGCAAAAAAGAAGAAAAAGAAGGACAAGUCUUUGAAGGAAGCUAAAGAACAGCAAGAUCAGCCCAAUGGCGCUGAUGCCACAAAUGGAGCCGAUGAAUCUGCUGGAACUGACAAGGCCGCAGAAGAUACAUCUGUUGUUGACGUGAAAGAGAAGAUGAAGAAAGUGGCGUCCAUGAAAAAGAAAAAAUCGAGCAAGGAGAUGGAUGCUGCAGCAAGAGCGGCCGCGAGCGAGGCUGCCGCAAGGAAUGCGAAGCUCGCUGCUGCAAAGAAAAAGGAGAAGAACCACUACAAUCAGCAGCCGGUGCGGUAAGGAUGUUUCUUAUGAGAAUAUGUACACCCUGUUUCAUCAUUUGUGUCAUGCGAAAUAAACAUCAGAAUCCGGGUUCAUUGAGGUAUGACCUUCAACAUAGUACUUUUUUGGUUUUUCUUGAUCCGAACAAGAAAAAAAAAAAAAAAAACUGUGGGUUGAAAAGAUUAGGGUUUUUUUAGAUUUUUUUCUAUAUUUUUCCUCCUCUUUCUUUCUGUAUCUGUUGGACAGUUUUGCUGAUGUAGUAGAAUGUUUUUGUGGAUGUUACUCAAGUUGGUCUCUUUUUUGGGUCCUUUAAUUGCUUUAUGAAAUUGCAUGUUGCUUCUUAUA